AAAUUACCUCUGCCGUUUACAGUGAAAUUAGGAGCAAAUAAUUUAAAACUGAAGAAUAGAUAGAGUAUGAAAAUAUAACUUGUUCUUAUAAGUUUUACAGAAAGUUUUACGUGAUUCAAUAAUUAUGGAAGAUACAGAAUUAGAAAAAAUUCGUCAACAAAGAUUAGCUCAAUUACAAUCGCAAUACAAGCCUGCAGGUGACAAUCAGAAUAAUGCAAAAGCCCAAGAAGAACAGGCCAGAGCUCAAGAAGAAGCAAAACAUUCAAUUUUAACACAAAUUUUAGAUCAAUCGGCUAGAGCACGCUUAAAUACUUUGGCACUGGGUAAACCAGAAAAAGGUCGUAUGAUCGAAUCAAUGUUAAUACGUAUGGCGCAGACUGGACAAAUUCGUGGAAAAAUUAGUGAAGCUGAAUUAAUAGGAAUGCUGGAAAGUGUGAAUCAACAAGUGGGGUCAACAGCACCAACGGUGAAGUUUGAUCGAAGAAGAGCAGCUUUAGAUUCUGAUGAUGAUGAUUUUUAGCAAUAUAUUUUUAAUUUUUUUUUAUGUUCCCAUUUGCUUACUAGAAAUUUUCUAAGUCUCAUAUUAUAAAUACUUACAUCAGUUUAAUUUAUUAUUAAUAAAAUUCAUAUUUAAAAUUUGUUGUUAAUUACUCAGAAAUUUGCUUUUUCUUUUGGGGUUGUUAACCCUACGAGUUCAAUCUGCGCUAGGAGCUUUCUCCAAUUUUCACAAUCACUUUUAUCAAUAAUCAGCUUUAUAAAUAAUUUUUUGUAUAAAUUUACGCUCUCUUUGCAGUUUUGACUUCUAAUAAUAUACUAAUUUUCUACCUAGAGUUACUGAACGGGAACGAUAAGAUAAUAUUUUUGGAGAGACACCCUUUUAUCAUAACACGGCAUCGUACCUCUGUGACUUUAUCGCUUUCGCUGCAUUCUGACAUUCUGAGUGUUACUACUAUAAUAUAACAUUCACACCGUGCGUGAGUUUUAUUGGAGGCGUUUCCAUGAUAA